AUGACCCUUUGCAACGAGCACCAUCGGUACCAUACGGGAAUCCUCGAUUAUCUCACGAGUAAACUUUUGAGUAUCGUUGACAGUAACGUUGGUAGCAGUGACGGAAGCAGCGUUAUCGUUGGGCAGGUCCCGGCAACUAAUCAGAUAAUGAUCGAGGGUAUGGAUAUAGAUGAAUCUGUUGAUAAUGUGCUUACUGUGGCAUUUCUGAUAUUUCUAACGGUAAUGAUUGCGUUUUUAGGUGCGGGUCUGAUUGCCCUGGUACUUGUGAUGCUAAUGCAUUCGAAUCCGCAUCAACAGGAUGAUGAAGAGAAGCAAGUUCGGCAAAGAGAAUACGAGGAAGGUGAUGAUGACGACGAGGAUGAUGAUGAUGAGAUGGAGCUCUAA